AUCUCUCUCUUAAAACUGGUUUUAAGGUACCCUCAAACUGCUCGGAUUUUCUCUCUCAGAAUCAAACUACUAUCUAAUAGCUCUUAAAAUCUUUUCAGUUGGGAGAUGGAAAUCGAUGAAUCUAAUAAUGAAACUGGAAAAGAGACUCCGAUGGAUCAACAGGAUAACAUCGAUAAUUUGGAAGUAAAUGAAGGUAAUGAAAGUGAGUUGAUAUCAUCUACACUGAUGAAGAAAUCUCGGAUUACAAAGAUUCACCAAAACAUUCAGAAGAUACGUGGGAUGUUAAUCUUAAAGUCCACCUGAAUUUGUCUACUUCUCUUGAAUCAGAUGGGGAUGGGGUUUCUUUUUCUCAAGCAAUUCAGACUCCUUGUUGCAAUCAGAUGGAACGACUGUCUAUUUCUUCUGGGAAUACUUCCAUUCCUGCUCCAGAUCUCCAUGCUGCUUCCGAAGAAAUGAUUGGUGAUGAUAUUGAUUUUGGUCCUCAUCUUGCUAACAUAUUUUCUGAAGAUCAAGUUGAGAUGCUGCAAAGAACACCAAUUCGGAGAGACAAUGAGGGUGAAGUGUUUGAAGAUUUUACUGACUCAAAAGAUUACCUACAAUCUCUUCCCUGUGCUGACUUAGGUGAAGGAUCAAAAUCAAUGGAGGAGAAAGGUAAUAUAGAUAGAAUCAGUGAGUUACCUGAUGCUUUAAUUCAUCACAUUUUUUCUUUCCUUAACAUAAAAUAUAUUCUACAAACUUGUAUUCUGUCGAGAAGAUAUAGCUAUCUUUGGGCUUCUCUACCUACUUUGAGAUUAUCCGAGCACUCUAUGGUUUCUAAUUCGGAUGAUAGUUUCGAAGAGUUGAAUAGAUAUAUUGUUUUUGUGGAUAGAUUACUACUUCUGCGUUAUAGUUCAUCAGAUAUCCAAACCUUCGAACUUAAAUGGAAAAAUGUUGGUAACUUGCUAAGUGAGUUGGAUUUUAAGUACGAAGUAACAAGACAUGUUGCCACAUGGAUCAUGGCUGCUGUUAAGCAUAAUAUUCAAGAGCUAAAUCUUACUAUGUGGUUAAGGGAGAUGAUUAAAUUGCCAGACUGUUUGUUCACCUGUAAAUCGCUGACAAAGUUAAGAAUUUCUGGAUUUAGUAGGGAUCUGACAGACUUUGUUCUGCCUUGGAUUCCAAUGUAUUUCCCCCGGCUAAGAUAUCUGGCACUUACGGGAGUCUCACUUGGCGAUGAAAACUUAACUAGUAAGCUUUUUUCAAGCUGCCCAGUUUUAGAGUCUUUGGUGUUGGCAGACUGCAGUAUAAAGUUCGAUUUUUCCUCUCUUAGUCUUAAACACUUUCAACUGGACAAUUAUUAUGACGUUUGUGAGUCAACUGAUGACUAUGACGUCACUGUUAAGUUAUCCGCUCCAAAUCUGACAUCCCUUAUCUGCAAAGAUUAUAUGUCACAAGAUUAUUCCCUACAGAACCUUUCUUCUCUAGUCACUGCUGAUAUUGGAAUGAAAGUGAGUGACGAUUAUAGGCUGGAAACACCGAAAGCUAUUUCAGAGCUCGCUACAGAGGUUAAAGAGUUGUACGGUGCUCGAAUGGCAAAAUUUAUAAGAGCAGUCAGCAACGUGACAGAUCUUACAUUGUCCUCACCUGGGUUCCUCGAGGUUGUCUCGGGAUCUUUCGACUCGCUAGGUGACCCCUACUUUCAGUUCAAUAAUUUACGGUUUUUGAAGGUUGAAACAUGGGUGUCAAGUAACUGCAUGAAUGCGAUAGCAUACUUGGUCAGGAUAUCUCCUAAUAUUGAUCUAUUUGCUUAACAAUUGAGCAGGUACAACUCUCAUCACUGUGAACAAAUUUAGUUUAGUUACAACUUUUCAUUUUCUUUAUGUAAUUGUUGUUUUCAUUUUCUUGCGGUGCUUCGAAAGAGUUAAAUACAAACAACCCAGCAGGUGAUUGGACAGUAGGGUCACAAUUUCCUUGCCUGCACUUCCUCAAGUUUGUUCAAAUUAAGGGUAUCCAAGGAUGUCUUAAUGAACUCAAGUUUUUACAAGUUUUGUUGAAUAAAGCCAUUGCCUUGGAGAAAGUAACGCUUUUGUGUUAUAAAAAAGACUCAGCUGAUAGACCCGCACAACUGAUGGAAUUCAAAGAGAUGCUACUUGCAUUUCGUAGUACUUCUUCAAGUGUCUCAAUCUCGAUGCAAUUGUAGCCGGCAAUAAAAACUUUUCUUAUCAAAAUCUCAAGUAGUACUAUCUAUGGCAUCGGCAUGCCAAAGAGAAGAUCCGCAUCAUGGAGCUGGAUCAUGGUCCACAACAGCACUGAAUGCUGAGCAAGCAGAAGCAGAUGCUGCACUUUUGGCAGUAAGAUGGGCAAGGGAGUGUUAGGAGCAUUCAUCUGGAAGGGGACUGUCAGUGUGUAGUGAGAGCUAUCAAUGGAACUAGGAAUGCUGUCAAAUGGAGCUGGAUUGGAGACAUUAUUGUUUUAUUAGGAAGUAGUUUUGAUAACUGGGUCUGUUCUUUUGAACCCAGAGAUGCUAAUAAGCUAGCAAAACAUGCAAUUUCGAAUUUUGUUAGGGUCAAUUGGGACCUGGAACCACCCGUUUGGUUAAGAGAUAUCCUCCAACAGAAUAUAAACAAUGUCUGCUUAAUUCACUCAUCAGUCUAUUUUUCUUAUUCAAAGAAAAGAAAAGAAAAAUAUAUUUUCGUGGUUUUCCGA